AUGCUUUUCAAAAUUGCAUUAAUAGUUUAUUUUUUGUUCUUUAAUUAUGUUUAUCUAUUAAAAAAAAAGCAAAGGAAAUUUUAUAAUUUUCAAAUCAUGGAUACCAAAAAUAUAAAAAGUUUGAAUGAUGUUAAGGAGAAACUAAGAUAUAAAAAAGAAGCAUAUUGUUUAUUAUUGAAUAAAUAUAAAGUAAGUGAUAUUUUAAAAAAUAAAUAUGUCAAAUUUUGGUUAUUAAAUAUAUACAAAUUUCCAUCUGUUUUAAUUUAUAACGAUUAUAAAAAUUUAACAGAAGAUCGAGAUGGUGAAAAUAUACUAAAAUGCAUGUAUAACUAUUUUGAAAAAAAUAAAAAAAGUGAAAUAUUUGAUAAAAAUUCAGAAACAGUACAUGAAAAGUUAAUUGAAAAUUAUAAAGAUUCUGAUAUUGCAUUAAAUAAUAAUAUUGUUCAAAAUUCUGAUGAGGAUAUCUUUAGAUUAGUGCCUCUGAACAAUUAUUUUGAUAAGGUUGUAAAUGAUUUAUUUAAGACAGAAGAAAAUAUUCAUGUUGGCAAUAUAAAUAAUGAAAGAAGAGAUGAUGAUAAUGAUGGUAACGAUAAUGACAAUGAUGGUAACGAUAAUGACAAUGACGGUAACGAUAAUGACAACAACUUUCUAUCGGAGCAUGAAUCCCACUUAGGCCUUAAUAAUGUCGAAAUAAAUGAUGAUAAAAAAAAAAAUAGCAUAAAGAGAAAACGAAAUAUAUACGAAAUGGACCAUAUUGGUGAACAUGAUAUUUGUGGGUUUAAUGAUGAAAAUAAAUAUAUAGAUAUGGAAAAUAUAUACAAAAAAAAUAAGAUUGAUUAUGCUAAAGAAUUAUUUAAUGAGAUAAAAAAGAAUAAUAUAAAAAUAAAAGUAGUAACUUUAAAUUUUGGAUAUGAAAAUAUGAAUACAUCGGAAGUUUUAAGACAUAUUUUUCCAUCAAUUAAUGAAAUAAUACAUAAAUUUGAAAUUAUUGGACAUAUUGCACAUUUAAAUUUUUGUAAUAAAUUAGAAGAUUGUAAAAAAAUUAUUGCGGAAGUUAUUUUAGAUAAAAAUAAAAGUAUAAAAACAGUUAUUAAUAAAAAAGAUAUAUUAAAUAAUGUUCAUAGAACAUUUAAUAUUGAACUUUUAGCUGGAGAAAAAAAUUAUAUUACGGAACUAAAAGAGAAUAAUAUAAAAAUUAAAGUAAAUUAUGAAUUGAUGUAUUGGAAUUCCAAAUUAAAAAAAGAAAGAGAUCGUAUUUAUAAUAUUGUUCAAAACAAUUCAAUUAUUUUAGAUGUUUUUGGUGGGGUAGGUAUAUUUAGUUUAUUGUUAAGCUCAAAAAGUUGUUUAUGUUUUUCUAAUGAUAUUAACACACAUGCAUAUGAUUAUAUGAAUAUAAAUAUAAAUGUUAAUAAAAAAAAAAAUAUUUUAACAUAUAAUUUGGAUGGAAGAAAAUUUAUUGAAAAAAUGAUCGAAUUAAAUAUUUUUUCAAUAAAUGAUUCAAAUAUAUUAACUAUGUAUAUAGACGAACAAAAUAAAAAAAAUGUAUCCAUGGAAAUUAUAAAUAGCAAAGAUCAUGCGCUUACAGCAAAGAAACUAAAAGAGAAUAAAAAUAAUAAUUAUAGAAAAAAAAAACAGCAAAUUAUUUUGGAAAAUGAAAAAAAUAACCUAACAAAUUAUGAACACAACACUACUAACUAUACUUUGGAGGUGGAUACAAAAAAUGAACUGAAUAAAAACAUUCAAAGUGAAAACAUUCAAAGUGAAAAAUGCAAUUUAGAUAAUAAUCAGAAAAAUGUCAUAAAUAGUACUAAUAGCGAUAAUGAUAUAUAUGUCAAUACUAAGCAAGACCCAUUAUGUACUACUAAAAAAGAAGAUAUAAAUAAAAAUAUAGAUAACGAAAAAAAUCAAUCAAAAAUCGAAAUAAAUCUGAACAAUUACAAUGAUAUACAUGUAUUAAUGAAUUUACCACAACUUGCUUUAGACUUUUUGGAUGUUUUUAAAAAAAUAAAAAAAAAAAAAGAAAAUGACAAAAUAAGAAAUAUAUUCAUACAUUGUUAUUAUUUUUCUAACCCAGAAUCUUUUUAUGAACAUGCAGAAAAAAAUAUUAUGUCACAUUUUAAGAAAUUACCUAAAGAAAUGAAAGUUACAGAGAUCCGGAAAGUAGCUCCCAAUAAAUUAAUGUACGUUGUGGAAUUUAAUUUAAAGGAAUUAUUGGAAUCAUAA